AUGCGUGCUGCGCAGUUUCAUCGCGAUACUGGAAAGAUCCAGGUAAACGAAGUCCCCAUUCCCGAGCCAGAGGCCACCGAGAUAUUGGUCAAGAUCAAGUCCGCCUCUCUAUGCCACUCAGAUAUUAUGGCCAUCGAGGGCUGGACACCGACGCCAAGCAGCGUGAAGCCCAUCACUCUGGGACAUGAAGGUGCUGGUGUUGUUGAAAGGUUGGGCUCCAAAGUCACCGGAUUCAAGCCUGGGGAUCCGGUGGGAUUCUUGUAUAUCACGGGAGUCUGUUUCGAAUGUGAAGGAUGCAAGGUCUACAACCUCUACUGCUCCAAGGGCACUCCACGCAUCCAGGGAAUGACCGAGGGUGCCGACGGAUUCUUCGCCCAAUAUGCUGUAGUCGACUAUCGCAAUGCCAUAGUUCUCCCGGACGCUGUCAAAUUGGAGACGGCUUCUCCUCUCUUCUGUGGCGGCAUUGCAGGCAGGUUGACCCCCCCUUUCAAUACUGUUGAAUCAUGCGAGCUGAAACCCGAUGAAUGGCUCGCAGUUGUCGGCUGUGGAGGCUUAGGGCAAGCUGCUGUGCAAUAUGCCAAGGCCAUGGGCAUCAAGGUGGUCGGGCUGGACAUCAACGACGAGACACUCGCGGAAACCACGAAGGUUGGCGCUGAUCUCACGUUCAACUCUGCCACAAAUCCCAACUACCUGGACGAGAUAAGGAAGGCCACAGGAGGCGGGGUGCACGCCGCUGCUGUGUACAGCGCUUCGAUAGCAGCGUACGAGAACGCCAGAAAAGCGCUCCGAAUAGGCGGCCUCUUGAUGGCCGUGGGUUUGCCCUCGAAGCCAUUUCCCGUGAACUUGACUGAGAUCAUCACGGGCCUGUAUCGGCUCAAAGGCGACUGUACUGGCACUCCUCAACGCAUGCCACGGGCUAUUGAAUUCACCGCGAAGCACGCCAUUCAACCGAACGUUGUCAGCUUCCAUAAACUGGACGAGGUACCUGACAUGAUUGCAAAAAUGAGGGCAGAAAAGUCCACGGGAAGGAUGGCCGUGCUAUUUUAG